UGAGAUGAAACUCGACCUUUAAAUAACCUCCGUCUCUUUCUCCUCAAACCGAGGCGUGGGAGAGCUCUCGUGGGGAUAGUAUGUUCAGGGCGCUAUUUCCCGUCCGGUCAACAUCUAUCUCAUCUGAUUGCUUUUUCCCUACCUUGGUGUCAUUUACCCCCGCCCUUUUUUUUUACAUAUCCACGCUACCCAUGAUGGAACGGUUUACGUGUUUUCAUUCUUCGUCGACUCCUUCCAAAAGAAAACUUUUUCUUCCUCUAUUUAUUUCACGCGUAAUGCCACGCUUACGAUUGAUAUGGACCAUAGCAGUAGCUAGUCAAAAACAAACCCACUAGCACUUUGUGCUUUCCAUGAUCAUGACUUCCUCUUCUUCCUUAGUAACUCAGUAUUGUAAUCAUUGCUUGGUAUAUGAUGCUCUAUAUGCCAUAUCAACAUCCCGUAUGUGCUUCAUUUAUAGUAACCACUUCGUGAUACAAAACUAUGUGCAUACCCGUACAGUAACCU